AUGCCGGUGGGGACUGCUCGAGCUGGCGAAGAGGGCGCACUUGUGUUCUCCGCGUCAAAUGUGCGUGGCAUGAAGCGCGCCCACGAGCUCGACGCUGACCAGGACGGGGACACGCCGCGGAAACAUGGGAAGCGGCUCACAACAAAGGAGGAGGUCUCACUCUUCGAGAUCUGUAAUCGCCAUGCGGACAGCUUCGGGAAACGCAGCGAUAUUUGCAAUUGGUGGAAGACUGUCGCGACGGAAUUCACUCACGCCCACGGUCGUCCGUAUUCGUGGCAUUCGGUGCGGCGAAAAGUGGAGGCGGUCACCAAGCAGCGCGUCAAGUUCCUCGCCGACCAGCGGCAGCGUCAACGAGAGUUGUCGGGGGCGAACCCAGUCCAGGACUUGAUGCAUCCGCAAUGGUGUGCAGUCCUUGAUAUCUGGAUCCCGACUUGGCAACGCUGGGAAGAGGCCGAGGCGCGGCGGAUCGCCAAGCGGGACGAGAUGAACCGCAGACGCUCGCAAAGUAAACCAGGCGAUCAGUGGAGAUCUCAACCCCAACCAGACUCGGCCUUGGGACAUCUUGGCCUUGCGUCACCUGCCACUCCAGAUGAGACUGGCAUGGAGGCCAGUCAUUCCUUCCACGAGGAUGACCCAACGUCUGGAAAUGACUUCGUUCCAAUUACGCACUCUCCACCACCGUCCCGCGCUGCUGCUGCUGCUACUGCUAUAGUGGCGCCUCCGUUUGAAUCUUCUUCUAUAUCAAUACCUACCGGGGGUGUCAGACUCCCUCCAGGAUUCGAGACUAUGUUUUCGAACAGCCAUGCCCAAGCCAGCCGGCAGCCUCAACCAUCUGCUCCAGUAUCAGGAGGAGCAGCAGACCUAUCAACCAAUAACCGCAUGUUCAGUGCUGUCCUCGAAACUCUAGGUAAACUGAACAAACACCUCGACGCAGCGUCAGGCAGCGGUGCCACAGACCCCCGGGCCUCGCCUGUAAUUUCAGCCCUGGUCCAAGCAGCUUCCGAGUCCAGUGCCCAGAGCCAAGCUUUCUCCCAGGAAUCACAACAAUCUACCUCAGGCCAUCUGCCAUUUAUCGAUAUUGAGCGAAUCAAGGAGGAGCUACGUCAGGAGAUGAAAGAGGAGCUGCGUCGAGAACGUGCUGCACUAGAAGAGAAGCUGGAUGCUGUACAGAGAACACAGGACAUGAUUCUAGAAAUGCUGAGGCAAGAGCCUGCCUGA